AUGCCAAUCAGACACCUCCAAGAUGAGUUCGGGCCGAAUCUCCCGCCCGAACUCUUCGAUGCCAUCCUGUCGAGGCUCCCAGUCGAGUCUCUUCUUCGCUUCAGGUGCGUUUGCAAGUUCUGGCGUUCUUUGAUUUCUCAUCCCAAAUUCGUGAAAACCCAUCUCAGUCCAGCAUCUAUCAACAAUGAUUAUACCCACCAUAGACUCCUUAUAAGACGUGACUAUCACACUUAUGAUGUGAAGUCGUGCUCUCUAUACGUUGUUUUGCAUGAGCAUUCUUAUAAUGCUGUUGAGCUUGAUUGCCCUAUUAAAAUACCUCAUCGCUAUUGGUUUGGGGAUCUAUUUGUUGGUUGCCGGGAUGGAUUAGUGUGCAUAGCAAUCGAGAGGGAAGUAUAUAUAUGGAACCCGUCUACUGGGAAAUCCAAGAGCUUGCCGAGUGCUUGUGCCAUUACUUGGCGAGGUGUAUUUGUUGGUUGCCGGGAUGGAUUAGUGUGCAUAGCAAUCGAGAGGGAAGCAUACAUAUGGAACCCGUCUACUAGGAAAUCCAAGAGCUUGCCGAGUGCUCGUGCCAUUACUUGGCGAGGUAUGGGUUUGGGUAUGAUGACACUAUUGAUGAUUACAAGGUGGUUGGGUUCUUUAGAGAUGUUAGUAAAGGUCGUUAUGAGGUUGAUGUGA